CGCUAACCCACCAAAAGGUUGGCUUCUCGGCACAUUUUGGAGAGAGAGAAAAGUUAGUUUGGAGACGUUACCGGAUUCGAACUGCUUUUAUUCGUCGGAAUUUGGGAUUUUUCUCACGUCCGGUUAGGGUUGAUCUUCUUUCUUUCCUCUAUUACUAGUUUAGUUACUCUCGGGAUUUGGAACAUCUGAUUGCUGGUGCUUUUUGGGCGAAAAAGAUCGAUUUUUGUUCACUCUUUAUGAAGUUAGAAGAUAUAGGAUCUGCAAUUUUGAGAGGAUUAUGAUGGUUACACCUCAGAAGAAGGCGUGGUCGGGUUGGCUCUCGCCUAGAGCAGACAAAAACGGGAUCGUCUUGGCCAAUUCGGGCCCUAAUUCGAGCCCUAGGGAUAAGGGUUUUGCACUUGGUGAGUCGACACCUGAGGGUUUGGUGUCCAACGUUGGGAUUAUGGAUCAGGACGUUGUGAUUGAUAAGAUUUCUAGCCUCGAGAAGGAGCUCUAUGAAUAUCAAUAUAACAUGGGCCUUCUUCUCAUUGAGAAAAAAGAAUCGGUGUCCAAGAACGAACAAUAUGAGCAACUAUUAUCCGAAACCAAAGAGCUCCUUCAGAGAGAGAAAACAGCACAUCUUAUUGCAAUAUCUGAGGUGGAGAAGCGUGAGGAGAGGUUGAGGAAAGCAUUAGGGGUUGAAAAACAGUGUGUCCAUGAGUUAGAGAAGGCUUUGCGUGAAAUGCGGUCAGAAUAUGCAGAAAUAAAGUUCACUGCUGAUUCGAAGUUAGAGGAAGCAAAUGCUUUGGCUACUAGUGUUGAAGGGAGAUCAUUGGAGGUAGAGGCAAAGUUGCGUGCUGCUGAUGCCAAGCUUGCUGAGGUCAGCAGGAAGACAUCAGAGCUUCAGAGAAGAUCACUUGAGAUCGAGUCAAAAGAAGCUUCACUCAUGAGAGAGCGCAUGUCAUUUAAUUCCGAGAGAGAUGCACAUGAGCGUAAUCUAUCUCACCAAAGGGAGGACUUGAGGGAGUGGGAGAGAAAGUUACAAGAGGGAGAGGAGAAGCUGGCUGAGGUCCGUAGGUUACUCAACCAAAGAGAGGAGAGGGCAAAUGAUAGUGAUAGAUUAUUUAAGCAGAAACAGCUUGAACUUGAAGAAGCACAGAAGAAAAUUGACCUGGCUGAUUCAGCUCUUAAAACUAAAGAAGAUGAAAUUAGCACCAGGAUGGAAAAUCUGGUCUUAAAAGAAAAGGCAACUGCAGCUAUGAGGAAGAAGUUAGAGGUACAGGAGAAGGGAUUACUAGAACUGGAGGAGAAGCUUAAGGCAAGAGAAAAAGUAGAGCUUCAAAAACUUUUGGAUGAACACAAGGUCAUUUUGGAUGCAAAGACGCAUGAAUUUGAGUUGGAAAUGGAACAAAAGAGAAAAUCAUUGGAUGAGGAUUUCAAAAACAGGGUUGUUGAGGUGGAGAAGAAGGAAGUUGAAGUCAAUCACUUGGAAGGAAAGAUUGCAAAACGAGAACAGGCGCUAGAAAAGAAACAGGAGAAAAUCAAGGAGAAAGAGAAGGAAUUUGAUGUGAAGUCGAAAGCUUUAAAGGAGAAGGAGAAGAGCCUUAAAUCUGAGGAGAAGAACCUAGAGAAUGAAAGGAAAGAAUUAAGCAGUGAAAUGGAGAAUUUGUUGAAUCUCAAGGUCGAGCUUGAGAAGUUAAGUAGUGAAAUUGAAGAGCAAAAAUUGAAGAUAAGUGAAGAACGUGAAAGGCUUCGAGUCACAGAAGAAGAGAGGUGCGAGCAUGCCCGUUUGCAGUCUGAACUGAAGCAAGAGAUAGAAAAAAUCAGGCAAGAGAGAGAAGCGGUUUUGAAUGUAAGGGAAGAUCUGAAGCAGGAGAAGGAGAAGUUUGAAAAGGAAUGGGAAGAUCUUGAUGAGAAAAGAGUUGAAAUAAAGAAGGAAUUGGAAUCUUUUACUGCACAGAAGAAAAAGAUAGAAAAAACAAACCGUUUAGAAGAAGAAAGGUUGAAUAACGAGAAGCUGGAAACACAAGCUUAUGUGGAAAGAGAGUUGGAAGGUCUGAGAUUGGCUAAAGAGUCGUUUGCUGCUACCAUGGAGCAUGAGAAAUCUGUUUUGGAAGAGCAAUAUGAAAGUAAGAAAUCCCAAAUGCUUCAUGAAUUUGAAGUUCUGAAACAAGAGCUGGAGACUGAAAUGCAGCGGAAAGAGGCGGAGAUUGAGAACCGCAUGCGUGAAGCGAAAAAUUCAUUUGAAGAAGAGAGAGACAGGGAGCUGGCGAAUGUGAAGUACUUGAAAGAUGUUGCAGGUAGGGAAAUGGAAGAGAUGAAGCUAGAAAGGAUACAGUUAGAAAAGGAAAAACAAGAUGUAUUUGCAAACCAGAAGCAUCUAGAAGGGCAGCAGAUUGAAAUGAAAAAAGACAUUGAUGAACUUGUUAGCCUUAGCAUAAAGUUAAAGGAUCAACGCGAACAGUUUCUCAAGGAAAAGAAACGGUUUGUUGCAUUCGUUGAGGAAAACAAAGGGUGCAAGGAGUGUGGAGAGAGAGUUUCUGAGUUUGUACUCUCUGAUCUUCAAUCCUUAUCAGAAAUGAAGAAUGCAGAUAGUUUUCCUGUCCCAAAGUUUGAUGGGUAUUUGAAAGAAGGUGGGCAGGGUACUUCAGAGAGACCAAAUGUAGGGACAUCCAUGGGUAAUAAUAAUUCAGGAGGAUCUCCUGCUUCUGGUGGGACCUUGACCUGGUUGCGAAAGUGCACCUCAAAGAUCUCCAUAUUCUCAACUGGGAAGAAGAAUGUACAUGAAGGCGGUGUUGAAGAUGGUAGUACAGAGGGGGCAACACAAGCACAAGCACAAGCACAAGAGAAGCUUGUAGAUGUUGGAGAAAUACCAGAAUACAUAUUGAGCUCCGAGGAAGAACAGGAAGUGUCGGCUAGAGUUGUAUUGGAUUCUUUUGAUGUCCAGAGGGUUCAAUCCGUGGAUGAUGCUGGUGUUGAGCAAUCGGGUGAUGAUGAUCAUGGAAACACCAACAGCCAGACGCAUGACAUUGAAGAAGUAUCCCAGCAGCAGUCUCCUUCUGAUAUGAAGGAUGAAAGUCAGAGUCAGAGUAAACGAACGAGGAGGGCUACCACUAAAGGGAGAGGGCGUCCUAAAAAGGCAACUAGUGAGAACAAUGGUGUUGAGCACUCUUCUGAUGUUGGUGUUGAGGGAACAUCAAAAACAUCAAAGGGAAGGCGUAAGCGCGCAAUUGAAGAAAAUCCUGACUACAGUGAAUAUUCUGACAGUGUCACAACUGGGAGUAGGAGACAGAAAGUUGAAGCGCCUCAACCUCAACCUCAAGUUAGACGAUACAACCUUCGUCGACCCAAGGCUGGAGCUCCCGCCUUGUCUAAUCAAAGCAAAGAAGAUGAUGUGUCGGUGUCACAUAACUCAAAGGGAAGCGGACGUGUUGGGAGAAAGAGAAAAGUCCCAAAGCCUCAACCUGGAGCUUCUGCCAGUCUUGCUAAUGGAGAUUCACAACCCCAUGAUCAUGAUCACCAUCAUCAUGAUGGGUUUCUGGAGAAGAAAGUUGUAGAUGGGGAGAAUGAGGUAGCAGGAAACAAUUGCUCAGAUGGUGUUGGUGUUGCUUUGAGUGAAGAAGUGAAUGGGACGCCUCAACAGCACCAGACUGGAACUCCUCCUGCUGUUCAGGACCAACAUGACAAUGACAAUGAUGAUGAUGAUGAUGAUGAUGAGUCUGAAGAUGAAGAGGAGGUUGAGCAUCCUGGUGAAGUUUCCAUUGGAAGAAAGCUGUGGACAUUUAUCUCAACAUGAGGAACAAGUAGAAGC